AUGGGAGAGGGAAGCUCCUGCGCCAUUUGCGCCGGCCAUUUUUACGCCUGCAUCGCGGAAAAGUCCUGGUCCAAAGCAGUCAAGGCAGCCGUUGCCGAGGGUGAAGAGCCACCCAGCCAUGAGGAACUGGAGGAGAAGGAGGACUACUGUGGCUCCGAUCCCGCCAUUAUAAGCAAAAAGGACAUCAAAUGGAUGGAAACAGUUGGUCUGGUUGGGACCAACCCAAACGCUAAGGGAGUUGACCAAGGUUUCGUGACUUACCACGGCUACGAAGCCGAGUUCACUGUCACGCCUACCGACGCCACAGUCCCCAAUCAUGAGGAUUACGUCCUCCAGGGCUGGUUCGCAUGCUACGAAUCCUACAACGAAGAGACCGAUGACCGCGUGGCUUUCCCCAUUCAUCCGACAUGCUACGACCUCUUUCGCCGACGUCUGGCCUAUGAUUCCGGCGAGGACGGCAAGGCCAAGGUGAAAAAGAGCACUCUCUACCAAGUCAUGCGCGAACUUCACUCGUCGAGGUUGGAUCACGAAUUGGAACACUGGGGAGAACCUGAACCUCCCGAAUCGGGUCAAUGGGUUGAAAAGCCCGGCGAGGAGAUUUUCCAGGCGAAUCCCGCAUGGCCCCUACCGGACCUGCAAGAGAAGAUCGGAAAGCAGUUGAAAGAUGGGUAUUUUGACCGGGCGCCGGGACCUUCUUGUCCCGACUUGGGCGCAAAGGUGAAAAACGACCCGUUCAAGAAGCUGCCCUGCGAAAUCAUGCUCGAGAUCGGCAAGGGACUCGGCGACUCGGGCGACCUGACGGCUUGGGCCAACGCGUCCUGGUUCGCACACGUCAGCAUCCGCAGCGCGCCGCUGUUGUUCUGGAGAGACGUGGUCCGUACCCAGCUCGCCUGGUUCUUUGAGCUGCUCGACUGCCUCGCUGAGGAGCAGCCAGACGCAUCCAGCGACGACGAGAGGCAAAAGCUUGCGCAUCGGCUGCGGUCGCUCUACAUCUGGGCCAACACCAUCUCGACGCCCCGCCGCUGGAUCGAUCAAGGGCGCUUCAUCCGCCUAGCCAACCGCCGCCGCAUCUGGAGGGCGCCGUGUGCGGCUUUGGUAGACCUUUACCUCUCAGAGUGCAAUGCGGAAAUCGCGGGGUCAGAGUGGGAGCAGCUCUGUUCGACAGAGGCCAAGAGCUGGAAGAGGUAUAGGGUGACCCACGAGGAGGGACUUUCUGUGUUUGGCGAUGAGCAGAACUUUAUCUUUUACGAGGAUUGGCGGGACGCUACAAAACCUCAGGUUUUUGAAGCCUUCUUCAGAGCAACGGACGGCUGGCUGGUCGGGCUUGGGGUUACCACGGAUGGCCGAGAGCCGCGUAGGAUCGGGGCAACUGGGGAUGUGGGCGGAGUGCAGGUUGUUUGUUCGGCAGCAAGCGUACCCCCAGGCGACUGGAUCUGUGGCAUCUUGCUGCACAUUCCAGUCAUUGACAUUGUCGGGACCGUCUCCAAUGACAGGAAGACUUCGGUCAAAGGUCUAACGGUGAGUGCUAUGGCCUCGGGGUUCCCUGAGCUGUAG